GCGGGGGGCGGAGCCUCCGCUGGGCGAACGUUCAGGCGCUGCUCCGGCCACCUCUGCCGGGGCCUAGGAACUGAGACUCGGGGAAAGAUGGCGGCGCCCUGGUGGCAAACCGUGCUGCGCGGAAGUCGGCGGUGGCGAGGCUUGAGCACCUCGGCCGCCCUGAGCCGCCGGACCGCCCCUCUGGGGCCGAUGCCCAACGAGGACAUCGAUGUGAGCAACCUGGAACGGCUGGAAAAGUACCGCAGCUUCGACCGCUACCGGCGCCGGGCGGAAUCGGAGGCGCGGAAGCCGCACUGGUGGCGGACCUACAGGGAGUAUUUCGGGAAGGAGCCAGAUCCCAAAGACAAGGUUGACAUUGGGCUGCCCCCACCCACGGUCUGCCGGACCCAACAGCUGCUGGAGCGGAGGCGGUUCCUCCGGGAGCUGCGGGCCAAUGUGGAAGAGGAGCGGGCUGCCCGCCUCCGAACAGCAUGCAUCCCCCUGGAGGCUGUGCAGGCUGAGUGGGAGAAGACCUGUGGCCCCUACCAUAAGCAGCGCCUGGCUGAAUACUAUGGCCUCUACCGAGACCUGUUCCAUGGGUCCACCUUUGUACCCCGAGUCCCUCUACAUGUGGCGUACGCCAUGGGUGAGGACAACUUGAUGCCUGUGUACCAGGGCAACGAGGUUACUCCAACUGAGGCGGCCCAGGCCCCAGAAGUGACCUAUGAAGCAGAUGAGGGCUCCUUGUGGACCCUGUUGCUCACCAACUUGGAUGGACACCUGCUGGAGCCGGACGCUGAAUACAUCCACUGGCUGUUAACCAACAUCCCAGGCAACAGGGUAGCAGAUGGACAAGAGACGUGCCCCUACCUGCCCCCCUUCCCUGCUCGAGGCUCUGGCUUCCACCGUUUUGUCUUCCUGCUCUUCAAGCAGGACAAGCCAGUUGACUUCUCUGGGGAUACCCGGCCCUCACCCUGCUACCAGCUUGCCCAGCGGACCUUCCACACUUUUGAUUUCUACAAGAAACACCAGGAAGCCAUGACUCCAGCUGGCCUGGCCUUCUUCCAGUGCCGCUGGGAUGACUCGGUCACCCACGUCUUCCACCAGCUUCUGGACAUGCGGGAGCCUGUGUUUGAGUUUGUGCGGCCACCCCCUUACCACCCCAAGCAGAAGCGCUUCCCCCACCGGCAGCCCCUGCGCUACCUAGACCGGUACAGGGACAGUCAUGAACCCACUUACGGCAUCUACUGAGUGGCCUGAGUACCACCCUCCUAGAGAGUGGCUGGGCCUCGCAGGCCAACCUGUCAGACUGCUGGCAGGAGCAACGAGGACGCAGCUCCAGGGGGCCGAGCUGCGGGGUUCCCAGCCUGCCCGAGGCAGCCCUUCCGUGGACCUCCCAGGACGGGCAUGGUGGCAGCGGGCAUGGGGGAAUGAAUAAAGACGAUUUUUUCCUGUA